GCCACGAAGAGAGGUCUCAGAGAUACAGAAAUACUAAUACGCAAAAUGAGUCGCCGACGUUAUGUUGUGGUCGAUUUCUUUAAAUAAAUUCACUAAUGGGUGAACUUAGAGCAGAUUUUCUUGGGAAGACACUACUUCCUCUCUCUUUUCUCUUUCUUACGCGGUGUCUAACAGCAGGAAUUGCGCUAAAUCGAAGUAAUUCUGAGCAUGGUUUUCCGACAUCAAAAGUGCUUCCUGCACAGCUGACGGAACCAAAAACACAAGAUAAACCUCGUCCUACGAUUUCCUCUUAUCCAACCAGACAUAUCAAUAAAACUUGGAACUGUACUGACAUUCAUUUGAAGAAUCAAAAGAAGCAUUAUGCCAACACAAGUGUCUAUGUAUAUUACACUGAUAAUGAUCCAUAUGUUUGCCAUUUAAAUCCUUUGCAUUGUAAAAGGCCAACCCAACUGCGUAAUGAGAAUAAGAAAAUUUUGAUUCAAUUACCAAAAUAUGGUGAUUAUAGUUACCUUCCAAUAUCCCAGUGGAUUCAUUUACUACAGCAUGGAGCUGUGGUCUUUCUGUAUCAUCCAUGCACAAGCAAGGAAAAUAUUGACAAACUGCGUAGCAUUGCAAGAAAAUGUAUGUGGAAGCACAUUGUCACACCAUAUGAGCAUCUGAAUAUCAGCCAGCCAAUUGCAAUGGUUGCCUGGGCAUCAUUCUAUGCGGAUUCAAAGGUGAAUGAGACAGCAAGUGAAACUUGGAUAAAGAAUAAUGCAAUGAGAGCUCCUGCUAGUCACAUGAUACUUAAUGGAGGAUACAUUUUUAAUUUGCUACAUCCAGCAAAAUAUGUAUCAGAUCCCCUGGACAGCAAACUAUGUCCAAAAACGCGUAGCCAGAGCACUAAUGAGGACGAUAUGGACAUUCUAAAUGAACAUUAUAACUCUGUGUAUGACAAUGGUCGGUCAUCGAAGAAGCUGAAAAAACAUUUAAUACAAAAAAUCAAACAUGGUUUGCGGCCGGAGAAACGAUCAAUCAACCCGAACAACGCCGCGUGGGCAGUUGCGUCCCUUCUCUUUCUCUGCCUCGUUCUUGUGUUUGUCUUGGUGUAUACCAAACCGUGGAACGAACGAGAUUAUUACUUGAAAGAGAAAAUGGCGUCAAGAAACAAUAAUACUGGCUUCAGUUUGAUUAAGAAUCAUUUCAACAGAGGAAAUAGAUCUUGGCGACAGCUGGCAGAACAACAGAGAAACGCCUCUGUUUCACGGAGGUUACUGGGACCGAUACAUGAGGAAGAUGAGGACUUCAUGGAUCUUUGAUGGAUAUCUUGGAGUAUAUCUAGUAUCGAGAGGUAUCUUGGGAUAAUUUUUUUGGAUAGAUGUAAGAUAGUAUUUAAAUUAUUCUCGGGCGAAUUUUAUGAAAUCGUUUUUCGUCAAGGUGACUCAAGCACUGCAUAUCGAACUCCGUAAUCUAAAGUCGUUUUGCUGUAAAAAAAAUUUAAAAUUUUCUAGAGAUUAUAUCUGUGACCUAAAGAGUUAAAAACGUUUUUGGCAAAACGCUAUAUUGAUCAUUAUCUCACAACUUGCAAAAAUUGAUUUCCUCUUUAAUCUAACUUGGAACCCUCGUACUCUAAGACUCUGUUUAUCCAGAGAGCGGCUGACUCAGAUUUUCAUCUCAUUUCAAUCAUCUAUAAAUGUUGAAUUUUGUAACUAUUUAUAAUUCCAGAGCAAUUAAGAUUAUAUAAAAUAAA